AUGGAAAGGAAUGAAAUAUUAUUUUGGAAAGUGUAUAGGAAUGUAGUAAUAAAUAAAACAAUACAUUCUCAACUUUUAAACACAGACAUUGAAUUUGACUAUGACAAAUACUAUGUAGGAAACAGAAGAAGGUUUGGUGAUAUACACUCAUUUAAAUGGUUGGUCGAAAAUGGUCAUUUAGAUCUAUUAAAAUAUAAACUUUUAAAAAAUGAAUAUGUAUAUGACCUAUGUUUAGAAUAUUUAUUAAAAUCAAUAUUAAAUCCUUUAACAUACUCAAUUUCAAUGGAGAUACUUGAAAUAAUACUAAAUAAAUCAGAAUAUAGAGAAAUUAUUAACUAUUCAAAUAUUUUAAAAAAAAUUUUAUUUUAUAAUAAUAAUGAAAUUCUUGAACUUAUAAUAAACAAUUUUUGUUACCACUAUAAACAUAUAAAUUGGAUAACAAUUGAUCAUUUAGAAUAUUCAAUUAAAAAUUGUUCUCAACAAAUUAUAAGUAAUCUAUUAAAGUUUAUAAAUAAAAAUAAAAUCAAACAAGAUUUUAAAAAUAAAUCAAUAUAUUGGUCAUUAAACAAUAAGUAUGAUGUUGAUGGAUGUAUAACAAAUAUUUUAUUAAAUGAUAAUGAUCUUUUUAAUUUUAAGAAAAUUGAUUUAAUAAUACCAUUUAAAUUAACAAGUGGGAAGAUAGAUGUUUUAACAAGAUUAAUGGAUUUAGAUUUCUUUAAUGAUACAUCAGACAUUGUAUGUUUUUGUAAGCACAUUACAAAUUCAUCAAAGAGUAAACAAUUAUUAAAAAUUGAAACAAUUUUAUUUUUUUUCAAGUUAUAUUAUAAAUGUACAACAUCAAAAACAAUUAUUCCAAAUGAAAUCAAACUUCAAAUUGAUGAAAUUUUAAAAGAUAAUAAUAAUAAUAAUAUUAACUAUGGAUGUAUUGAAAAAGAAAAACAACUAUUAAAAUUAUUAAUAAAAUCAACAAAAUCAAAAAUUAUUUAUAGUUUAUUUUAUUUUAAUUAUUAUGAAUUAAUUGAUGGUAUGGAUAAUAAUUGUUUUAAACAAUUAAAAACAAAUGGAAUUUUGAUGAAAUUAAAUAAAAUGGUUGAUAAAAAUGAAACUAUUGAAUUUUUAACUUCAUUUUUAAAUGAACUCCCAUGGAGAAAAAGUUGGUUUAAAAAUUUAAAACUAGCUGAUCAAGUUAGUGAUUUAAUAUUCAACAAAUUUGAUUGCUAUAAAGAAAUUUUAGAAAAAAUUGGAAAAGAAAAAUUAGAAUUUAUAAAAAGUCACUCUUUUAAAACACCAUCAAUCAAAAAUGUUGAUUCAAUUUCAAAACAAUUUUUAAAAUCUAUUAUUGAAUAUGAUGUAAAUAAAACUGAUAGUUUAAUAGAACAAAUUGAUAUAGAGAAAUUCAUAAAUCAUUGGAAUAAAACAAUCAAACAAAAAGGUGAUCAACUAUUUAGAGGAAGGAAAAUCAAUUUCAUACCAAACUGUAUGUUUGAAAAAAUAAAAGAUUAUUUUGAUUACUGGAUUGGAAAAACAAAAAUACAGUCAAUUAUUCCAGUUUGUGAAAAAAUUAUUAAUUAUUUAUUCAGGAAAUUACUUCAAUUUCAAGAUAUGACAUCUCAACAAAUUAAAAACAUUAAAUCUCAGUUUGAUUGCACACCAAUUGAAUUAGAACAUUCAAUAUUUCAUUCGUUUUUAUAUUUACAUAUUAAAUCAAAGAAAAUUAUUAAAUACAUACUUUCAUUUAAUAAACUAUUUUCUGGUAAUACAGAUGGAACUCGUUGUCCAUGUAGAACAUGUUUUAUUGAAAAUUUAAUUAAGGAAGAUGAAUUAAUUAAUAAAAUAAUUAAACCAGAUAUAUUUACAUUUGAAUAUAUAUUUAAUGAUGAUGAUGGAAGAAUCACAUUUGAAUAUUUAUUCAAUUACUUUUCAAGUGUUCCUUCAAAAGGUGUAUAUUUAAUAAAACAUCAAUUAAAAUAUUUAUUAGAAAUUGAUAGAUUAGAUUUAUUCAUUUAUAAUUUAGAAGAAAUUGCAUCAAAUAAAUCAAUUGAAAGUGAAUAUUUAGGUGGUUUUGAAAUUAAUUUUGUUAAACAAUUAAUAAGAUCAAAUGAUUUUAAUAAAAUAACAACAACAUUAAAAAGGUAUAUAGAGUUAGUUAUAAAAAUAUAUGGAAAAAAUGGUUUAGAAUUUCCUCAAAAAAUGUUAUCAAUAGUGAUGAAAUUAUAUCUAAAGGAUUUAACAUCAUUCAUUAUAAAUGAAUACAAACUUUCAAGUAUUAAAUAUUUAGACCUUACUUGGUACCAUUCCCCAAUGAUUGAAUAUUUAUGUAAAAGUCAUCCAAAUGUAAAUUUUAAAAUACUUGAAAACUUUGGAGGUUCAAAAGAUUCACACUUUUUUAUUCAAAUUUUAAAAUUAGCAAUUAAUUGUAAAAGAAUUUCAGAUCUUAAUAUUCCUGAAAUAAUCAAAAUCGCUUCAAAUUAUAAUGAUUCAAUAUUACUAAAUAUUUUAUCUGAAAAUGGGCUAAACAUUUAA